AUGGUCCAAGCUUUCCCUAUCUACCUGCCUCGGCAGCGGGAGCUGAUCGCGACAUGGGUAAUCCUGCCCAUGCUGUCAAACAUUACAGUCGGGCUUCGGUUUUACGCAAAGUCCAAGACGAGAGGCGUCUAUGGCUGGACUGACUGGAUGAUCAUAGCAUCCGCCUUCUUCACUGACCUUUUUUUUGUCUUUCUUCUUCUGAUGCUUAUAUACGGAGGCAUUGGCAUCCCUGGAUACCCAUACACUAGUACUACAGAGCCAACCGACGUUUCGUUGAUCCAUGAUCAGAUUGGCUGGGGCAACAACAUCGUCCUCGUGUUCGCAGUCUACUCCUGCAAAGCCUCGAUCCUAUUCCUCUAUCAUCGCCUCUUCACAGGCCACAAUGGCCCAAUGAACAUUAUAAUAUACGUGGCAUCGGGCAUAACCUUUACGUGCUUCUUUGGAAGUUUUAUCGGUUAUCUCGCCGCCGUACGGCCGAUCGAGAAGUGGUGGGCCUGGGGCGAUGCGACGGCUGAGCAGUUCCUCGCCAUGCAGAACAUCAACAUCGCCUAUGACAGCCUGACGGUUUUCACCGACUUCUUGAUCUUUGUACUCCCACUCAAGUCAAUCUGGGGGCUGAAUAUGAACCGCGGAAAAAAGAUUGGUAUUAUUGUAUCCUUUUGCUUUGGGUUUAUCACCUGUUUCAUUGCUCUUGCUCGUGUCGUCUUCACACAUGGGUACCAAUGGAAGAAUCUCUACGAUGAAGGAACCUUAUGGUCUCUUGCAGGCGUCGAGCCAGUGGCAGGGAUUAUCUGCGCAUGUCUCCCUGGCCUGCGUCCACUGAUGCCCAAGACCUUUAAGAUGACGUCUUACGGUACUCCGGCAAAUCCCAGCAGAUUCAGGACUACUGGCACUACGGCGACGGAUAAUGCUAAGAGGAGUACUAAUAGGGAGCCCAACCCAUUCAGGGUCCUGAAUGAUGAUAGCUCGGUGACACAAUUCCGAACUGUCAGAGAGGUCCCUUCGAGAUCGGAGAUAAGCGAUGAGUACAUUGAGCUUGAAGAGCAACGGCCUAAGGCUUUUGAUACCUAG